UUUUUAUUAUUAUUAUUAUUAGGACUACAAGCUUAACGACAAUUCAAUGAUCGGGUUUUGGUGUGCAGAGUUUAAGCUACUUUGAUUAAGAGAUGACCUUCGGGAUCAAAAGUCACAUCGAUUUUUUUAUUACAAGAAUGAUUAAAUUCGUUAAUUAACAUAAUUUAUAUACAUAUAUGUGUUAGGCGAGGACCUAGGUUUGAAGUUUGUCUUCAUGUGUGUUGACUGUAAGGAGUGGCAGUUGCAGUUCACACUGCGGAGAAAGCCCCAGUACCGUCGGCGGUGAGUUUAUUUUAUCACGGGCCGUUUACUAUCGUCCCAUCUCUCAGAUCAACGGCUCAUAUUUGUCUGUCUUAUCCGAUGGCUGUCACUCUAACGUCACAGCGUUUUACGGUUCAAAUUGUUUCCUCUUGUUCUUCGUAGAGGCAGUGUGCCUUGCCUACUUCUCCAGAUAUUUUUCCGUGCAGAUUUUUUGUCUACGAACGUCUCCCUCACACACAAGUCUGUUUUUUUUUUGACGACCCACGAUUCAAUCGCCUUUUUCGACCCCCCUCUAAGACGCGGUUUUUGAUUUGUCGUGAAAUUUAGGCGUUCUCGUUAGGGAACUCGGUUCUGUGGUCGAUGUGGAUUUGAGGGCUUUUCAAUUUCAGAGAGCUUUGUUUUCGUGGGUCUUCCCUCUGGUCAGGGGUUUGUGGAGAAAAGGGUUUUCUUUUUAAGGAUAUGGGUUAAACCUCGAAGAGAAAAAAGUUGGCUACUUUUUUCAUGAGAGUAACUAUGUUCUUGAUCUCAGCUGAAAUUCUCUCUUUGUACAACCACUUGCUGCUUCCUUUGCUCAUUGAAGGCCGUUCUUCGAGGGAAAUACUCUGACUUUCCUGUUAUUUGCUGGAGAUUCUCUGUAUAGUUGCGGUUCAUGGUUCUAGGGCCUUUGCCCAUAUGUUGAUUUUGGAGAAGAAAGCACUUCAGUUGAAUUGGGUUGUGACACCGUGAAGACGCAUGUCGUUAGGUUUGCAGGUUGUAGAUAACUUUGUGGUUGAGAUGAUGAAUGAUAUUCCUGCAGGGUUUGGGGCCUUGCCUCGCUCCUUCAAGAUGCAUUCUUCAAUGUGCCUGACACUGAGACACUUAGCCAUUAGAAUCAUGAGCAUAUUUCCUGAUAUAGAAGCAGCUCGACCUGGAUGCUCAUCGGGGAUUCACACACUUUGCUUGUUAAACAUUGCACUGGAGAAAACCAAGCUGCUUCUUCAGUAUUGCAGCGAAUCCAGUAAACUCUACAUGGCUGUAACGGGAGAUGCAAUACUCUCGAGAAGUUUAAGAGUGAAAAAAUUGUUGGAGCAACAUUUAAGGGAGAUUCAAAAGAUGGUACCUGUCGUUCUGGCUGUCAAGAUUUCCGACAUCAUCCAUGAUCUUAGGUCUGCAGAGUUUACUCUAGACGUGUCCGAAGAAGAGGCUGGGAAAGCUGUUUCAGAAAUGAUGAGACGGAAGGUUUCCUCAUCCGUUUCCCUGGAUGGUAUUACGGAGUUCCAUUUCGCCGCAUGGAAACUUCAACUCUCAAGUCCAAAUGCUGUUAUCAACGAGAGAAAGUCCCUUAAGGCACUUCUCAUGAAACUAGGUGAAGACAACCUGCACAAAAGAAAGAUUCUGAGGUAUCUUCUUUAUCUUCUGCAAAAGCAUGAAGAGUUCAUUACUGGAGAUGGGAAAGAGAACUCUUUCCCAUGGCAGGAAGAAUCUUCUGCUGUUAGGUGUUCCACCGAAGAUUCUGUUUCUGGAAAUGCUUCUCAGGUGGAGUGGUCUGAGGUUGGGGUUAACAUUGAAGAUCCGGGGAAGCAAUCCAAGGCUUUGCACCAUAGGGACUUCUCAUCCAUUUCUAUUGCUAGUUUUGGUAGUUCCUUGUGCAAUUUCCAGCUUCCAUCAGAUAUCAGCAGCAUAUCUAUCGGUGGUUCUGAACCAAACUGUUCUGGCCACACACCGGCCCUAAGCAAAGUCUCAAAGGGUUCAGACUUAAUGCCUAUGUCGACUAUAGAUGAUGAUUCUGGCAGCUGUCAAACUGGUUUGAGUCAGAGCGAGGUGGAGAUAGAGAUUCUGUGUGGACUCGCUGAUCUUCCAUGGGAAGCUCAGAGAGAGGUUAUCGAACGUGCAAGAAGUGAUAUUGAGCACGAUAGUCAAGUUUUCCGGUCUUUGUCUCUCCCGGGAUUUCUUGAGCCACUCAUCGCAUAUCUGAAGAAUGCCCAUGACUUACAUUGUGUUGAAGACAUAAGGGCUGGGUUGGAUUUGCUACUUAUGUUUCUCAGCAAAAACAGAAGGGCUAUAGAAUCUUUGAACGAAGAUGCUUUUCGUCUCCUUUCGAACUUUCUUGACUCAGAAGCAGCUCCAGAAGCUCUGAACGUAUUGGAAGUGUUGUCUGGUUACCCGCAUGGUGUGUCCAGACUAACAUCGUCAUGUUCUCUAUCAUCCCUUUUGAAGAUCUUCGAAUCCCAAACCGGGGAUCUGCAGGAUAAAGCCAUCAUUACUCUGAAAAACCUGUCCUCGAGCAACAAGAUAUGUCUGGAAAUGGUGUCUCUCCGGUUUACCCAGAAGCUGACAUAUUUCUUACAACAUGACACACUCAGGAAACACGCUCUCAUCAUCCUAAGAAAUCUCUGCUACACCGAGAAAGGCAGUGAUUCUGUUGCCACAACCGAUGGUUGCUUGGCUUCGGUAGCGGAAUUACUCGAGUCAGGCAGCCAUGAGGAGCAAGAGAACACUAUUGCCAUCCUCCUCAAGCUCUGCAUGAAGACCGAGUACUGCUAUCUGGUGAUGGACGAGGGCAUCAACGUUAUCCCCUCACUCGUUUUCAUAUCCAAGAACGGUAGCGAUGAAGCAAAGGCAAGUGCAUUUGAACUGCUUAGGGUUCUACAUGACGUAGAUUUCGGCAAAGGGCAAGGAUCUUCUUCACGGGAAGAACCAGAAACUCUUCAAGAACAUGAUACAAACUCAGUUCAGGCGAUACAACCGCAAUCUCAUAAGAAAUCUGGUAUUUUCAGAUUCAAAAUCUACGUCCCUGGUCUCAAGAAGAAGAUAUGGUGAUCCACAUCUUGGUGUUACACUUGGCAUUCUGUCCUGUCGCAAGAACACUUUGAUUCGGGAUGUUUGGGGAACCGGUUUUGAUCGGCAAUUCGGCUUCAGUUCCCAACCUAAGCUAGUUGCUAGUUUUUUGUUCACUAUAUACAUAUAUAGGUAUGUGUAUGCAUAGGUUGUGUAUAUCAUUGUUCAUGUGAAAGUGUCUAUAGUUUGUAAUGUAGUAGGAAGAAAUAGAAUGCCCCAUACCUGCACAUGUAAAUAAUAUAUGCAAUGCAACGAGGUAUUUAUUGUGUGUGAAGUA